AUGGGUUUUUGUACCAAGCAAGAGUGUAGUGAUUCGCAGUCGCUACGCAAGAAAGAUUCUCUGACCAGUGAUAAUAUUGAACAUGAAGGCGAUAUUUUUACCCCCUUCACCUAUCAAUGUAGGAUUUCAAAGUUGCAGUAUAUUAAGAUGUACUUGCUCACAGUCACAAUAUUCCCUUUUCGUGUUUUGAUGGUUGGGUUAAUUUUCCUUCUUUCGCUUUUCAUUUCAAAUAUAUUCACAACUGGGUACAGCUCGAAAUCUCAUGUAAAACCUAUCUGCGACUUUAGAAGGUGGCUUAUCUUGCCGAUCGUACGUAUGUCUGCUCGAUUUGCCUUCUUUUUGGGGGGAUUCCAUUGGAUUAAAGUUCAAGGAGUUCGUGCGUCACGUAAAGAAGCACCUAUUAUGGUUAUUGCACCUCAUUCAUCCUUCCUUGAUGCUCUUAUUGUUGUGUAUCUUGGCAUGCCAUCUGUUGUUGGGAAGACGGAGUCAGCAGAGUCCUUUGUAGGUGGAUUUUUCAGGUUGCUUCAACCCAUUUUGGUUAACCGAGAAGAUCCCAAUUCCAGGAAGAAAACAAUUCAGGAGCUUGUUCGUCGUGCCAAGUCAGAAGAGGAUUGGCCUCAAAUUGUUAUUUUUCCGGAAGGCACUUGCACCAACCGAAGCUGUAUUGCAACGUUUAAACCAGGGGCUUUCAAUGCAGGUGUACCGGUUCAACCAGUAAUCGUUCGCUGGCCAAAUAAAGUGGACUGCGUGACUUGGGUCUGCGAAGGUCCUGGUGUGUUAAAAUUGAUGUGGCUGUUGAUGUCACAGUUCAACAAUAGAUUGGAAAUCGAAUUUUUACCAGUUUAUCAACCAAACGAAGAUGAACAACUGGACGCUCAAUUAUAUGCUAAUAAUAUCCGUCGGAUCAUGGCAGAACAUUUAAAUGUCCCGCUCUGCGAUUUAUCCUACGAUGACUUCUGUCAAAUCCGAAUAGCAUUCAAGCAUAAAAUACCAGGAUAUGAAGCAGUAGUCUAUUUGAACUCAUUACUUCAAAUAAUGUUUGCACUUGAACGUAAUUGUGAUUUGAUAACGGAUGAAGAUAAACAAACUGAAUGGUUCCAAAUACGUCUUGAGAGCAUGCUUGGUGUAUGCCGAAGUAAACCGUAUUUAUCACGAUUAGAAUUUAUUCAAACUUUAUUUCAAACAAGUCAACCUAAUUCAAAAGCCAAUUAUUUAAUCAAUUUAGUUGCGAAAUAUUAUAGUGAUCCAUCAUCAAAUAAUCUGAAUUUUCGUAUGUGUAUGGUUCAUGCAUCCAUGCUACUGUUUCCGAAAUUGCCUCACCAAGCAUUUUACUAUGCUACAAAGACUAUCUAUACUAAACAACAGUAUAAAUCGUAUCUAAUUUACACCUCAUCCACUGUAAUAAUAUUUGUCUAUAGGUUGUCAGCAAUGGCACAAAAUCAGCAGUUCAGUAAUAUUGUACCAAUGGAUAUAGAGGAAAAUUCGAAUGGUAAAGAUGUUUUUCUAGAGAAAUGUAUUUUAUUUGCUGAAACCACCUCUACUGAUCGAGCACUUGGAAUGAUGUAUCUUCAAAAAUAUAACUGGGAUCUGGAGCUUGCGGUGAAUAAAUACUUCUUAACACAACAGAAUAAUUCCACAAGUAAGAAACAAAAGCGCAAACGAACAUAUGAGCAAUCAAAUGAACAACCGAUUGUGAUUGAUCUUACAAAUUCUGAUGAUUCAUGUUAUAAUACAUUAGCAGACCAGACAGUGUCAACUACUGGAACUGAAUCAAUUGAAAGUUUGCCAAUACUAAAUGUUUUAUCGUGGAAUAUUCAAGGUUUAGAGUCAGCAAAUCUAAACAAACGAAUGAUGUCUGUAGUGGAGACAAUAAAGAAAGAAGAAUUCCAUGUAGUUUGCUUACAAGAAGUUAUACUUGUCUGUCUGGAAAUUCUCCGUGAGAAGCUAGAGUCGACGUAUCAUAUUUUUUCUGCAUCUGAUCAUAACUCUCUAUGGGAUUAUUUUGUUGUCAUUUUAGUUAAAAAGCAUCCAGACAUAAAGGUUGACACGGAUUCUGUUAGCAUUCAACCCUUUCCUAAUUCUGUAAUGAAUCGUCAUCUGCUAUCUAUUGAUCUGAAUUUAUCACAGUUCCUACCAAAGUCCAAUUUAGAAUUAAAUCUACGAAUAUUUACUGCACACUUAGAAAGUUGUGCAGAAUACUCUGGUGAACGAGUGACUCAAUUGAAAAGUGUUUGGGAUACAAUGUCAAGUUAUGUCAACUGUGGAGAUUCUAAAGCUAGUUCAAAUAGAGGUCGUGCAAGUAUAUUUUGCGGUGAUCUUAAUCUGAGGGAUUCAGAGGUUCGUGUGUUAGGUGGUUUACCCUAUGGAAUACAUGAUGUAUGGAAUGAAUGUGGGUGUCACACUGAGAUUAGAAAUACCUGGGAUCCUUUGCGCAAUUUAAAUGCUCGGCGUCAAUUCAGAGGUAUUCCGCAAGCUCAUAUGACUUUUAGAUAUGAUCGCAUGUAUGUGUUGGGCUCCAGAAUAAAACCCGUCGAUUUUGGCCUUCGUGGAAUCGAAAAGGUUAAGAAUCUUUCGUGUUUACCAUCUGAUCAUUGGGCUAUACUUGGUCGAUUCUUAUUAACCGGUUUGUAA